GCGGCGGCGGGGCCGCUGAUGCAGUGCUACGAGGGGUCAGCGCAGGGCCGUGGCGUGGCGGCGGACGGCUGGCGCGUCUGCCUGGCACACAGCUUCGAGGAGCUGCGGCAGCCCUACGGCGCCGGGGAUGUGCCGCUCCGCGAUGUCCUGCGGCACGUCGGCCUCGCCUUGCGAUACUUCAGGUGGUGGAUCAAGAAGACCCGCAUAGAGAAGAAAUCUGCCUUCAUUGACCUCUUGUGUGCUGUUCCUCUGCAGCAGAUCUAUGGUUGUCCACUGGGUGGUAUUGGCGGAGGCACCAUCACCCGUGGCUGGCGGGGAGAGUUCUGCCGCUGGCAGCUGAACCCUGGCCUUUACAACUAUGAAACUGUCAUCGCCAAUCAGUUCACGGUGUGCCUGCGGUGCAAGGGGCAGACGAUUUACCAGCAGGUCUUGUCCAUGGAGAGACCCAGCAGCCUGCAAGGCUGGAACUGGGGCUACUGUGGCCACUACGCCUUUUACCAUGCCCUGUACCCCCGUGCGUGGCUGGUGUACGAGUUGCCGGGGCAAAAGGUGGUGCUCACUUGCCGACAGGUCUCUCCUGUCAUCCCCCAUGACUAUAAGGACUCCAGCCUGCCAGUGGGAGUGUUCAUCUGGGAGGUGGAGAACGGCAGGGAUGAGGACGUGGAAGUGUCCAUCAUGUUCAGCCUGCAGAACGGCACAGGAGCAAAGGAGGACAGGAAGGGCGGGCACUGGAAUGAGCCCUUCACCUUCCAGAAGGAUGGUGAGCGUGUUGCUGGAGUCCUGCUGCACCACUGCCUGGCCGUGAAUCCCUUCACCCUGGCCAUCUCUGCCCGAGAGAAGGCUGGCACGGGAGUCACCCACAUCACGGCAUUCAAUCCCACGGGAUUGGGUAGAGAGGUGUGGCAGGACCUCCUGCAGGAUGGCAGGCUGGAUUCACCCACUGGUAAUAGCAGGCCAACAGAGAAAGGGGAGGUGACAGCAGCAGCAGUGUGUGCCAGCUGCAGGGUGCCUGCCCAUGGGCACAAGACACUGGAGUUGGCCCUGGCUUGGGAUAUGCCCUGUGUUCACUUUGGCUCCAAGGAGAAGCUACACCUCAGGCGGUACACCCGGUUUUUUGGCAGCGAAGGCAAUGCUGCUCCUGCCCUGUCCCAUUAUGCCCUGACACACUACGAGGAGUGGGAGAGGAAGAUCGAUGCAUGGCAGAAUCCCAUCCUGGAGAACAGCCAGCUGCCUUCCUGGUACAAGUCAGCCCUCUUCAACGAGCUCUACUUCAUGACGGAUGGGGGAACCAUCUGGAUGGAGGUGCCCCCUGAUUGCUGUGCCCAGGACCUGCAGGGGCCGGCGGGGGCGGGACUCUCCCACCUCCUUCCUGUCCUGCGGGAGUACGGAAGGUUUGCUUAUUUGGAAGGCCAGGAGUACCGGAUGUACAACACCUACGAUGUCCAUUUCUACGCCUCCUUUGCUCUCGUUAUGCUGUGGCCCAAGCUGCAGAUCAGCCUGCAGUAUGACAUUGCUGUUGCUGUUGUUAAUGAGGAUGUCCAGCCCCGGCAGUACCUGAUGUGUGGUCAGACAGCCCAGGUGAAGAUGAAGAAUGUGGUACCACAUGACAUUGGGGACCCAGAUGAUGAGCCAUGGCAGCGUGUCAAUGCCUACCUGAUGCACGACACUGCUGACUGGAAGGACCUCAACCUGAAGUUUGUGCUGCAGGUUUACCGUGAUUACUACCUGAUACGUGACUCCCUGUACCUGCGGGACAUGUGGCCAGUGUGCCAGGCUGUGAUGGAGUCAGAGCUGAAGUUUGACACAGAUAAUGAUGGGCUCAUUGAAAACGGUGGCUUUGCUGACCAGACAUAUGAUGCGUGGGUGGUACAUGGAGCCAGUGCCUACUGCGGUGGACUGUGGCUGGCUGCUGUCUGUGUGAUGUGCAAGAUGGCAGAGGUGCUUGGAGAUACUGUAAUCCAGCAGAAGUACCUGGACAUCCUGAACAAGGGCAAGGAGGCUUUUGAGAAGAUGCUCUGGAAUGGAAAAUACUACAACUAUGAUAGCAGUGGAAGUGACACUUCCAGCAGCAUCAUGUCAGACCAGUGUGCUGGGCAAUGGUUUCUCGGAGCUUGUGGUCUGGACCAAGGGGAGUUUGAGGUUUUCCCCAAGAGUCACAUUCUCAGCGCUCUCAAGACCAUCUUUGAGAAGAACGUGCUGAGCUUUGCGGGAGGCACCAUGGGGGCCGUGAACGGCAUGAGACCCGAUGGCGUUCCCGACACCUCCAGUGUCCAGUCCAACGAGGUGUGGAUCGGCGUGGUCUACUCCCUGGCUGCCACCAUGAUCCAGGAGGGCAUGGUGGAGGAAGGCUUCCGUACAGCGGAGGGCUGCUACCGGACAGUUUGGGAACGGCUGGGCAUGGCUUUCCAGACACCUGAGGCCUAUCGGGAGAAGAAGGUGUACCGCUCACUGGCCUACAUGCGGCCCCUCAGCAUCUGGAGCAUGCAGCUGGCCCUGGAGCGCCGGGCUGGCCAGACACCCGCACCUGCACAGCUCCCUCAGGGCCCCACACACCCUUGA